AUGGGUUUCUUUUGCGCAUGCGCGAAUAUUCGUGCACACGCGUGUGUACGACAUUCACAGAACGCAUGGGGCCUGAGAGUCACGGAUGAUAUCUACCAGGAUGUGCUAAAGAGUGUUGAAGGUCUGGAUGGAUUAGAACGCCGACGAACAUCCCUAUGUCUUCCGGCCGGACCCCUCCCUACUCAAAAGGCCAAGACGACGCAGGCGUGGCUGCUCAACAAUGUUCCUCACCAUUGGUCGCCGGACUUGUGGUCGCCCUUCUCACCUGACUGCAACCCACUUGCCUCUUUCUUCUGUGGUGUUAUCGAGGCCAAGACCAACAAGCACGCUCACAACACGGUCGACUCUCUGAGGGCUAAAGAGACUCCUAUUCUUCAAACAAAUAUCCAAAUAUCUAUCUAUCUAUCUAUCUAUCUAUCUGUUAUGGGCUCCACCCCUUUUUCAUACAAGUGA